ACGGUCGAACGUGUAUAUUGUGUAUAACGGUAAUGCGCUUAAGUGUUUAUCUUUUUGUUUUUGCUGUUGGGUAGAGUGUUGACGUUUCUUGCUCUUCUUGCCACCACGUUGUGGGCACAAUAAUAAUUAUGUGUGCGAGUGUACGUCCAUCCACCAGGCCAGCGUUAUAAUAUUUUUUUUUGGCGUGAUCAUUUGGUGUGCCCUAAAAUUGUGCCUCGGCCAUAAAUAAAACCUUUUAGAAUCAUCGUGCGUGAGAAAAUUAAAAGAAAAAUCUUUAACGGUUUUAAGUGGAGAGUUUUAAUGAAAGUUCUGGGCAAUUUGAAAAAAAUAUGUUGUGUGUUGUGUUAAUGAAUUUUACAUUUACUUACAAAUGAAUAUGAAAAUAAAAAUUUAAAAAAAAACACAAUAAAAAUAUAAAAUACAAAAUAUAAAAACCAAAAAAAAACAAAAAAUUAGUGGCGAAAAAGUUUCAUCAGUGAAUUAAAUACAUAUUAUACCCAAUACAAAAAGUGUCUAAACAAAGUGUAAACCAAAAUAAUUAACAACAGCAACUAAACGAAAUAUAUUCAAUAAUUUAAAAUAGUCAACAAUUUAUGUUUGAUUAAACAAAGCCAAGAAGCAAGCAACAGUUGGCCAAGAAACCUCCCCAGAAAACCCACAAAAGGAAAACCUACAACAUCGUCGUCGUCGUCAUCAUCAUCAUCAUCGACACAAACGGCUGGGAACCAAUCAUCCAAGCAAAGUUUUGUGGCUGGCUGCAAUGAAAAAGGGUCACAUCUUCUGGCUCUCUUCUCAGACAUCAUAGACAAUCGACACAUUGUGCUGCAAGUUUUUUUUUUGUUUUUAUUUCUAUUUUUGUGUAAGCCACAAACUUGCCGCAAAUCACGUUUCGUGGGAACAAAAUAAAACCCAACAACAACAACACCGGCAGCAGAAGCAGAAGUGGAGAUCAGCGUUAUACAUUUGAGAACUUUGGCAAAAAUAAAUUGGCAUUUGGAAGGGGCUAGCACGAAUUGCAUCCUUAAGAAAAACACAGAGAGUAAAACAGCCAAAACAGAAAGAGUUUGUUGUUAAGCUAAAGCCAUUUACAUUUGAAGCUAUAUUCCGCUCUCUCUCUCCCUCCCUCCCUGCCUGCCCAACCUUUUUCUGGUUUUAUUUGGAUAUUCAACGGUUAUUUCAUUUUGGUUUUGCUGCCACAGCUCUUCUAAUCCUCCCUCUUUGGACCAAGCAAUGCUCUGCAGUUUCUGUGAACUCGUGCCCAAGACAAAAUAACUUUCAUCGAUAACCAAAGAAAUCUAUUUUAGGCCAUUAUCCACGCCACCAGACAUUUGACAGUCGACAAGAGGAGACGACAACAACAAACGACAAAAAUAACAAAAAAACGAAAUAAGCUUUUAGCGACAUCAUCCUCAAUGCCUUCGUUUUGCUUCCAUGAACCACAAAAUCCAACCUUGAAAUCUCAAUAGGGGAUUAUGUAUGCACAAAUACAAAUAAGUGUAUUCCCAUGUAUGACAAAUCAAAGAAGACCUGGAGUCAAAGGCUCAAAAUCCAUAAAAACGAAAAAUCACAAAUCUCAGCAAACAACACCGGCACCGCCGCAUCGGUAACAGCAUCGGUUGCAGCAUCCUCCGCUUCACCAACAACGCCCAACUUGCCAACAUCUAUUACGUUUCAGCAGCAACAACAACACCUACAGCACCAACAAUCGAUUGAGGCAACUCACGUUGCACAUAAUGCAAACAUACGUUCUGCCCUGCCAUUUGCCCAGCAAUAUCAAAUAACACCAGCCACCAUUAUGCAUUUACCUUUGAGCGAAUACCAUGGCAGUGGGGUUGGAGGAGCAGCAGGUCCCGUGUACGACUACAUGACGGGACGUUCCAUGAAAUAUGCAGCUGAGCCAUGGAUUUAUGGCACUGUGCGCGGGGUACCCGUUAGACCGGCGGGAAUUUACCAUCCAGCCUAUGGCCAUUUUGCAGCUGGCCAUCCACAUGCUGCUGCCAUAUUUGCCCCCACCGAACGACCACCACCAGCUGCCACUGCCACGCCGGCUGUGGCGGUGGUCCUCUGCUCAUGUCCCGAGUACCUGAGCGGCACCAAGGGCCGCACACUCAAGAAGGCAAGUAUCUGCAAGAAAUGUAAGGGUACUCGUCUGCCAUUGGCCAAUUUGGGUGGUACCGUCCGGCUUCAGGGUAGUAUGCCAAUGAUGCCGAAACUAAGGCCCGUUGGUCCUUCGGCCACUGUGCGCGUGGUGAGCAGCAGUAAGAAGCAAAGACCCACAAUUUUGGAUCCCCAAAAGGACCCAUAUGAUUUAAUGCGCCGCACCAGACUGUUGUCACCGGAACCAGGGGCUGCCUCGAAGGCCUCUGUGGCUAGCAGCAGUAGUGGCGCCAAAGAUAAGUCCCGCAACCGUGGCAAAAGCGCCAGCCCUGUAAGGGGUAGAUCUCGUACCAGAAAUCAACAGAAAGCUUUAGUAAACACCAGCCAGGAGAGCUCUAAGGUCCUGGAAACACUCGAUGAUUCCUGGUUAAUGGAGUCCGAAGAUAUGGCCUCUGGCCAACAGGCUUCCUCUAGCAGCCAUUCUCGUAAAUCCAUUCUGCGCUGCAAUGUAAAUCCUUAUGACCUGAUCUCAAUAAAUGCCCAAAUUCCUGCCGGCUCGUCAGGGGAAUUCUAUAGCUCGGGGCCUUCCAACCAUGGUCCAGGUACCCCUCCCCCUACGGAGGGUAACAACAAGAAAUCCCUUAGAAAACAAAAGUUGCAAUUUUCACAAAAUGAGUUUAUGCCACCAAAUGAUGAUUUCAAUGUUCAAGAUGCUGCCCUGCUGGAGGAUGAACCGCCGCCUUUUAUCAGGCAAACAGCACAGACAACAACCACAUCCAAACAACAAAAACAUGAAACCUCAAGGAAGGGGGAAGAACCCCAAACCACAUCCGUAGUUAAGUCUCAAAUUACCAACAAAAAUAAAAAGGCCAAUUAUGCCAAUGUCCAGGCCAUUGCAGGACAACGUAUAAGCCUGGGUGAAACGGGACAAACCCCCAAGUCCCUGAGACAUCAGAACAGCAAUGAAGGCGUUAACCCACAAAAAUCCAAAGAAACUGAAGUAUCCUCAUCCACAUCAGCAUCACAUUCGCCAGGUUCCUCCAACAGCAAGACCAACCGGCCUGAUUCUCUGCAGGUCACUCAAAACGCCAACUCCGUACAUGGGGAACCCAAAAGACCUCCCCGGUCCAAUAAAUCUUCCCCCUCCAACAAUCCCCCAGGAGAAAUGCAAGAACUAAAAUCCAACACAGAAAUGUCAGAGGAGGAAGAACCCAUGGUUACAGUUACCGUAACGCCAACCUAUAAUAUCAAAUCGAUUUUGAAAAGACCCACAUCGAAGACCUCUGAGUGUGGUGAGAUCUCUGCAACAGACAAGUCUACGCCCUCCACACCGACCUCAGCCACAAAACCCAAAGAAAGUGGUUCCAAAUCCAGUACCCCCACCAACUCUAGGCGCAAUCAGGCAACGGAUGGCAACAUUGUGGGUAUUACCACUUCCCAAUUUUAUGUUUCCCUGCCUCAGGCCCGUAAAAAAGUUCAAUUUAUGGUCGAGGAGGAAGAGGAGGAAGAGUAUGUGGAGACCGAAACAGAAACUGAGGAUCCCAACAAUGAUAGUGAAGCUGAGGAGAAUGAAGAUCCAUCGGAAGGUAUUAAUUAUGACUACUACAAACCCAAGAGAAAUCACAAGAGAGGCGACGAAGAAAUAAGGGAGGGCGACAAUGAGGAAGACAUUUCCGAAGUCCAAAUCCAUUAUGAUGAGCAAUUUAUACAAGCCAUGCUGUUGGAGAAGUUACAGUUGGAUUCGGAAAUGGUAACAAAACAACAACAGCAGCAACAACAACAUCAUCAUUACAAUAAAACCACUCUGCACAUAAAUGAAAAUCAUGAUGGAGAAGAAGAUGGGGAAGAGUAUAAUAACGAUGACAACGAAGAAGAUGAAGAUGCCGAGGUGGGGGAGGAGGACCUUGACGAUAGUGCUGGAACAGUAGAUUAUGAUGAGUCGGCAAAUAUGGAAUUCCAACUAGAUUAUGACAAGUUAUUUGCCACCGUGGCGGCGACAGCACAACCAACACAACCCGGCAACGGGAAUGGCGAUACAAGCCAUGCAACAACGCGCCAAGCAACAGCUACAAUUGUUUCAAAUAAAGUGUCCAUAAACCAGCAGGAGCACCAGGAGCUGCCGCUGCUGCAUGACAAUUCCAACACAAUCAAGCAAUCUGUGACAGCCACAAAAGGGUCGUUUGCAACCACAACCACAACGACAGUAGAGAGUUCUUGCCAGCCAGCACCAGCAACAGCAGCUACAACAAACACCCAAGCCAACGAUAUCAAAGGGCAAGCCAGCGAUGACAGCGACAACAACGAUGAGCAGAAUAACAAUGCUGCUGAUGAGGAUGAUGAUGGUGAUGAUGGGACGAUGGAAGAUCUCCAUGCCAAGCAAGACAAAAACAGCACAGCAGUCUUAAUAGAUGGAAGUGAUAAUGACGAUUAUGGUUCGACUCCCGCUGCUCCCGGUGAUGGUGAUAAUGCCGAGGAGCCUGAAUCCAAAGGCAACAAUUUUCAAUAUGAAAUCGCUGACAAUAGGGCCAAAGUCAGUUGCAGUCCAUCAUCAUCGUCGUCAACACCAACAACUCGAAUUGGUAGUGCUGACAUUGUGGAACUACAACCCAUUACUGCAACAGCCGACACCAAUCACAAUAAUAAUGGUGGUGGUGAUGGUGAUGGUGAUGCUGAUGCUGAUGCUGAUGGUGGUGAGAAUGACGGUGACGGUGGGGAUGAUGACAGCAAUGAUGGCAAUGUUAAUGUAUUGUCGCCUUCAUCAACGACCUCCACAGCGACGAAAGCUGGAGCAAGUAAAUCAACAACUCCAGAGGCAACGAUAGUUAGCAACAACAAUGACGAUGCCCUGGACAAUGCCGAGAAUGUACUUAGGGUAGAUGCUCAGAGGAGAGCUGAUGUCAAAACCAAACAAAAAUGCAACUCCAAGAAAACGAAAAAGAAUAUGCAAACACCACUUGCAGCACCAGAAGUUACUGAUAACAGGCGAACUUCUGCCACCCAAGGCGUUCGCAUUCAAGCAGCUCAAAAAAUAGCAGCAGCAGCCGAAGAAGAAGAAGAGGAACAAACUGAUAAAUUUGGCUCUGGCAUAAAACUAACAAAAGAGACACAAUCACGAAAAGCCAUCAGACGUUCGCAAAGCGAAAGGCAACCAAACUCAAUGACAUAUCUGAACAGCAGCAGCAGCAACAACAACAGCAACGCCAAAACUGCCAAUGUCGAUGGCAACGACAAACAAACUGCCAUUAUUAAGCCAGAUAUUAGCCAAGACCUGAAGGACAUUCCAACUGAAAGGGCUGGUGUAAAUCAAAAAAUAAACGGCAACACCAACAACAAUGGCCGAGGCAAACGCUGCGAAUUGAAUUUCCAAGACACCAUGGCUUUACGCAAACGUUCCAAUCGCCUAGAUAGCCGAGAUUUAUUCACAUUGCCAGCCCUUGAAAGACCACGCGAACCUCCGCCACCACCACCUUUAACGGCUAACAACAGUAGCUCCACAAUUUCAGUACGGAAGUUAGAUGCAACACAACCUAAGGCUGCUCAUUUGGAGAAGCCACUGAAUGAAGAUGCUUCAGCGCCAGAUGCCAUGGAAAGUUUUCAACAAAAUAUUAACAGCUUUGGGAAUAAAAGACAACAACAAACAGGCAACAUGUCCUCCAACUCAACCUCAACUACCACCACCACCAUUAUAAGCACUGAGAUGCCAAAAAUCAAUGUAGAUUCCAAGGAGCAAUGGCACUUGAAAGCCAACCACAACGGCACACCCUCAUCAAGCCCAAGGAAUUCCGUGGUUUCAACAACCACUCCACUGUCGACCAAAGCCAAGCAACCACAACGUACUGUGGUCCGGGUGGCACCCUUUAACCAAAACGGCAACUCAUUUGAGGUACAUCGCCUAAAAAUCACCCACACAGAUGCCCACAUCGCCGACGUGGCUGUGGCGCCCAACUCGCCCAAAACCCCAAAUAGCCUCAUCUCAACUUCGUCACAUUACAGUGUUACCGACCUAUCGACACUCAACGAUUUUGCCGAGUAUGGACAAAAGAAAACUUCCAUACUAAUCACAGGCGAUGAUUGCUACAGUACCAUGAAUUUGAGCUGUGAUGAUGCCUCCACGCCGCUGUACCAAUCAUCGGUGGUGGUGAAUGACGAAACAUCGAACAAAGAAGUGGGUGGCAUACAAAUGUUGAAUACCUUCAACACGGUGACCAUAAAUGUAAGCAGUCCCCGUGGCAGUGAAGAUGAGCUGAUACAACAACACAAUCAGCUCAACAAUCUACUCAAGAAGCAGGGCAAAUCUUCCACCAACAACAACAACAACGCAACCACCAACACCUCCACCAGUACUCGGGCCAUAAUACCCAUACGUGGCACAGUAGACAUCAAUCUACAACGCUCAGCCUCUUCCACGUCCUCAACCUCAACCAGUUCCAUGACCAGCAGCUGUAGUUCGGCAUCCUCUUCCACUGGCUGUACCACAAAGAGGGGUAAAACUCUAAUACGUUUGGAUUAUGACAAAGAGAAAUCCACCUCCACAUCCUCGAUCAAUUCACCCUCUUCGGCUUCCAGUCACAUUGAAUCUUCACCCUCACCCGUGGAAGAGGAGGAGGCUGAUGAAGAGGGCGACACAAAAACCAAGUCAUCCCACGAAGUCACCUCAGAUUGGUUGCCGCAUGAGGCGGAACUUUUGAAAAUCCUACGGAAUCCCGUUGAGGCCGUGAAACGUAACUUGGUACCCCACAUUUGUAAGUUACGUGAGGGUGACACCCAAAAGGAUCUGAAACGUUCCAAGAAAAUGAAGGAUGGGCUCAAGGAAAUGCCGCUGGAAAUAAAAAAGAGCACUCCACCCACUACACCACGAUCUCCAACCACAACCUCUGGUGGCUUUGAUGCCAAUUCCUUUAUCGGCAAACUUCUGGAAGAUCCCAUGCUUAAUCAGGUGGCUGAGGGCCUGGAAAUGGACAUAGUUUGUGAGCUAAUCGAAAACUCCCUAAAACGUCUCCAGGAGUCACGCACUACCUUGGAUAUGAGCGGUACCAAAGAUAACGAUGACAUGAAUCGCCUCAUAGACCUGUCGCUCAAGCGCAUACGCGAAGAAAGGCAGCAGGCGAAAAAUGCCACUGUCAGUCCAUCGGCCAAUGGCAAUCUACUCAGUGUCCCCAUGGUAACCAAAGAUGAGGAGCGCCUCUCGAAUCGUGGCAGCAUCAGCUCGGCCAAUAGUUUUGCCUCGGCCCAUAAUUAUGAACUAUUUGAUUUUGAGGCCAACGAAUCGGAUUGCUAUCAGAGCUGUUCAAGUGAAAUAAAUUCCAUGUUGGAUGAUGAUAUUGGUUCGCCCGAAACCAAAUCCAAGUUCUAUCAAAUGCUUGUCGAUGCCACGCUCCAGGAAAUCGAACUGUCCACAAACACAGAAGAUCUUAUAACCGAUGAACAUCAAUACGAAUCAAUACGUCACAAUUGUGAUCCCAUCUAUGAGGAAAUUUCCGAUGUUCCACCACCGCUGCCAUUGACGGCUCCACCACUCAAUGAUCCCGAAUUGGAAAAGAAAACAGCACGUUCCAUCUUUGAGGGGGCCUCAAAGUAUGAUAUACUCUCAUAUUUGGUUGAUGCCAAAGAACGCGGUGUGGUGAAGGAAGAAGUUUUCGAUUUUCCCCUCAACUGUUCCAAUCCCAUAAUUAUUGAAGAGGAAUCUUCAGACACACUCAGCGAUUUGGGAAAACUAAGCAAACUCAAACGUUUGGACACCAUCAGCUCUCGCUCUUCGGUUUUAAGUGAUUCCUCCGAGGAUAACCAAAGUAAUCUGAGUUCGCUUUCUCCACCCACAAAUGGCGGCAAUAACUUUAGCCUUUUGAGGCACAAACACACCUCCUCCUCGUCUGCGAGUGACAUCGAACGCAAUGACUCCGGUGUGGGCUCGGAAACAAGUAAAACUUCAAGGAGUAAAUUUCUGAAUCCCUCCCACAAUUCAUCCAUUACCUCAUCGUUUUCAUCGACCACAUCCUCGACACAUUCGCCGCAACAACGCAGCAGUCCCCUGCAUCUAUGCGAAGACUGUGAUGGUCCCGUGGAAACCCAGCUGGGUGAGGAUGGCAUAAUUUUUGCACCACUCGUCUGUCGCAAGUGUGGCAAGAAACGGGUCGAGCGCAAAGAAAUUCUAACGGAAAUUGUCGAAACUGAAGAAAAAUAUGGCCGCGAUCUGCAAAUAAUCUUGGAAGAGUUCUGCCACCCAAUGCUGGUGGCCGGUCUACUCACCCAGGAGCAACUCUCUGCAAUCUUCCUAAAUACCGAAGAACUGCUUGAGAACAAUCAAGCUCUGGCCGAGCGGAUGCGUGAUGCCCUCGACAUAGCCCUGGAACAGGGUGACGAUGAUCUGCUUACGGUGAAUAUUGGUAAAAUAUUCCUGGAAUCUACGCAAAUGUUGCAUGCAUUCGAAAGUUAUUGUGUACGCCAGGCAGGGGCUAGUCUGCUACUGGCCAAUUUGGAGAAGGACAAGGAGCUGUUGAGAAUCUUCCUGAAGGUCUCACAAAUGGAAAAUGCCGUGCUGAGGCGGAUGAAUUUGAAUUCAUUUUUGAUGGUCCCCGUCCAACGUGUCACUAAAUAUCCCCUGCUCUUGGCCAGACUCUACAAGGUAACGCCCACCCAUUUGGAGGGCCGUGAACUACUCAAACAGGCUCAGGAAAAAAUCGAAUUACAUUUGAAUCACAUUAAUCAAGAGGCCAAAGAUGUUCCCACCAAGCUAUGGCGUCGCAUCUCCUCCUCCAGCCCGAAUCGCAGGGCCUCGUGUGAGAUUGAUAUGAUUAAUAUAAAAUUACGAAAAAUGGCCAUCGAUGUGCUGGAAUGGAAUCAUGACGAGGUGCGUUUUGUCAUGGAGGGUAAACUGUUGUAUACCCAACCGACCGACAGUAAUUGGAAGAAAGCCCGCACCAUUAAGCUGACAUCGGCCAAUGCAAUGUUGGUGACCAAUGGCAAGCCAAGUACCAAUUACAAGGCAGAAAAAGUCAUGUCAGAUAAACUGAAUUUUAACAAGCACACCGGAAUACGAGAAGCCGCAUUGUUGUUGGUCAAAGAGAAGUGUGGACGUUAUGCAUUGAUACGUGAGCCAUUGUAUUUGGAUCGAUGUGUGGUAUGCAGUGAGGCUGAUUGGGAUGAAUAUUUUGAGAUACAGGAGAUCUCAUCGAAGGAUACGUUCAUAUUUAAAGCCGAGGAUAAUGUCCGCACCAAACAAUGGUACACACAGCUGCAGUAUCACGCCCAGGGUAUGGGCGCCUGGCGCAAAAGACGCAACGCCUUGGCCAAUAUUAUGAUUAAUGGCAUGUUGACGCGUAGCUAAGUCCGAACGGGAUGGUGUUUAUGUGGAGCUACCUACCACCUAUGUGUGGGCAACCAGAGAGCGAAAAGGCAUAGCAACGGCAAUGCAAACGAAUGAAAAACGAUUAAAAUUCCAAUUGGAAUGCAAACAUAAAUUUGAAUUCAAUUCAAUACGCAAUCAAAACGACUUAGGCUAAUACGAAUGUGACCUAAUUAUGGUCGUUUACAUUAGAAAAUGAAAGCACCGAAAUGCAAAGCAACAACAACUGCAGCAGAAGCAUCAUCAACAGUUAGCUUUUAAUUACACUCUUUACCGGGUUGUUGUAUAAUUUGUAAAUCUUUGUAAAAUUUAUGAGAAGAAUUUCCGUUCCAUUCUCAAAAAACAAUAAUUUAACAACAAACGAAAUGUUAUUUAAAAUUUAAAUUUGUUAGCUUGGAUUAACACUUGAUAUUUGUUUCCGUUCAAACUUAAACAACAAAAAAAUGUGAAAAAAAACAAACAUUAAAAACUUUAUAAAUAAUAACCUAAAUACAUAUUUAUACAUAUCUAUCUAUCUGUCUAUUAUCAACAAAAAUAUAUAAGCCUCUAUUAUUAUCUGCAUAAAACUAUAAAUAAAUUCAUUUCAAAGUAUAUUCGGUUUAUAAUUUUGGUAGGAAUAAAAAAUUUAAACAUAUAUUUCACUUAAUAUGGAUGAGUGUAGAUACAUACAUACAUGCACGUUCGGGCACACACAUACACAAGCGCCUGUGUGUGUUGGUAUUUGUAAUUUGUAUUUUAUUGUUAUUAGGAUUUAUAUUAUUCGACGCAUUUAUUGCGAACAUUUUUUUUUAUUAAUUCGUAAAAUAAUUAUUAGCUGAUACACCGACAUGUGGUUUAUAAAACUCUUUGUUUACUUCGAGUAUAUUUUUGUUUAUAUUUUAUUACAACUACUACUACUACUACAAACAACAACAAACAUACUAUCUAUAUACAUACCUACACAUAUUAUUGGAAUAUUUUGUAAUUAUAAUUUCAAAACAAAUUAAACAAUAAAUAAAGUUAUUAAAAAUAUA